CGUGAAUUAUAAUUCUGCAUGUACUGUUUAAACGUUGAUUCACUCUGCACGGAGACGGAACGCAGGCAGAAAACAGUUCUAAUUUCUAAAGAGAACCUUUUGAAUUUCUUCCUCCUUCCGCCGGAAAACCCUCCGAAACGUUGCCGCUUCGAUUCUAUCUUCCCCCAAAGAAUCAAGAGAGAUCUUCAUCCAUCCAACUCAAAAAUCUUUGCCUCUCUUCAUCAAACCCAUGGCUUUCAACCCAGUGACCCUAAUCUUGUUUUUUCUCUCCUUAAUUCCUGGGGCUACUUUGACACCCCGGACGUGUGACCCCUCGUUCAGAGACCCAGGGCUAACUACUUACGAUGUCUUCUUGAGUUUUAGAGGUGGAGAUACACGCCAACAUUUCACCGAUCACCUCUACAAAGCUUUAACUAGAGCAGGGAUUCCCACUUUCAGAGACGACGAUGAGAUCCGGAUAGGAGAGAACAUUGAGUUAGAAAUCCAGAAAGCAAUUCAAGAAUCAAAAUCAUCUAUUAUUGUGUUCUCUAAAAACUACUCUUCUUCAAGAUGGUGUCUUGAUGAACUCUCGAUGAUCAUGGAACGUAGAAGAACUGUUGGGCACAUAGUGUUCCCAGUUUUCUACGAUGUUGAUCCAUCUGAGGUGGGGAAACAAACAGGGCAAUUUGGUGAAGAGUUUGCUAAGCUUGGAAAACGCUUCAAGUAUCAGAUGGAGAGGGUGGAGGGAUGGAGAAGGGCUCUUAAGGAAGCUGCAAACAUGGAAAGGAUGGUUCUGGAAGACAGCUGAGCAUUUAGGGAUGCGUAAUUUGACCUCGAUCGUUCGAUACUCAAACAUGGCUAAGAUUUUCAAUUUUAGGCUCUAGGAGAAUGCUUAAAAUCAUUGAAAUAUGACGCAUGUUGAGCCACAAAGCUAGGGUGUUGUUUUUUCUUGCUAAUCAUCAUGUGAAAAGACAUUCAAUUACUUGGAAACAUGGCUUCACGAGACAAACACAGCCAACUAUCCUAGGGAAAAGAGUUCGACCAGAAUGAAAGAAAUCUUGCGUUUUACUAGAGAAAUGAAGACAUUGAAAGGAUAUUCUUGGACAUUUCAAAGAUUAGUUCGGAGAUCAAUUUAAGCUCUGGAGUCUUUGUAAGGAAGUGCAAGAUUAGAUCGCUCAAAAUUUAUUAUUCUGGAGUUAAAAAUCACUGAAAAGUGUGUGAAAUAUGUAAACCUUAGCAACUGUGAGCACCUUUCAAAUACCAGAUUUUUCAAAGGAUAGAAACCUUCAGAGAUUGAAUUUCCAAUUUUGUGCAAGUUUCUUAUCUCUCUUCUGAGUGGAAGUUGUUCAAGACUUCUUAUCUCUUAACCUUUUCUAGUUGUUAAAAUAUCAAUAAGAAAGCAUG